AAUCAACCUCUGUUGGUGCAAUUUAUCCACCAAAUUUAGUGCAUAAAAUUAAAAGUAUUUGCAUAUUGAGUAAAGAUGAACCCGAUUCCACACUGACCAUAUGUCCAAAGCACAGUUCUGUUAGAUUCAAAAGUGAUUCUGGAUCAACAAAUACAAUCAAAGGGCGUUUAUUUGAGGGUUCUCAAUUGGUGAAUAAGACGUGGGGAGCCGUUAAAAACGCUGGAAGUACAAUUAAAUCGACUACACAGCAAGCAGCUGCCUUAGCUACAAAUCAAAUACGGUCGAAACGGACAGUAAAAGAAAAAAUCUCUGACGAAAUACAUAAAAUUUUUGAUGAUUCAGACAGUUUUUAUUAUUGCCCUGAUGCAGAUUUUACUAAUAAUUUACAACGUAGAGAUGUGCAAGAGUCUGAUGAUAGAUUUUUCUGGAAUAAGCAUAUGCUUAAGGACAUUUUAGUUCUAAAGGACAAUGCAUGGGUGCUUCGGAUUAUUCAAGGGUUUGCACAAGUCGAACACUGUGCAGUUGGUGAUGAUCGUUUUAGUUUAGCACUUGUUUCAAGGCGUUCACGUUUUCGAGCUGGAACAAGAUACAAACGUCGUGGUAUUGAUGAAAAUGGAAAUGUGGCUAACUAUGUGGAAACGGAACAAAUUUUUAUUUUUGGUGAACAUCAAAUGGCAUUCUUUCAAAUUCGAGGAUCAAUACCAGUAUAUUGGAGCCAACCUACGACCCUCAGAUACAGACCCCCUGCGAAAAUCGAUCGAGAUGACAAUGAAACGCAGAUAGCUUUUGCGAAACAUUUCGAUGGAGAAUUGAAAUUAUACAAGACUAUUUGCAUCAUAAAUCUUGUUGAACAAAGCGGAAAAGAAAAAAUUAUGUUCGAUGCAUAUGGAAAUCAUGUUUGUUGUUACAACAAUGAUCAACUUAUUUAUGUCACAUUCGACUUCCACGAGUAUUGUCGCGGAAUGCGUUUUGAAAAUGUAUCUUCGCUGAUUUCUGCUCUUGCACCAGAAGCUGUGAGAAUGAGUUUCCAUUGGCGCGAUGCAAAGGGUGCGAUUUGUAAUCAAAAUGCCGUUUUUCGAGUAAAUUGUAUGGACUGCCUUGAUCGAACAAAUGUCGUUCAAACCGCAAUGGGUCGUGUGGUUUUGGAAUCACAGCUAGUAAAAGUUGGCUUAAUGCCACCAUAUUCACAAAUUCCAAAUCAAUUAAAAUUACCAUUUAUGUUGCUUUGGGCAAAUAAUGGAGAUAUAAUAAGUAAACAGUAUGCUGGCACUAAUGCUUUGAAGGUAAUGUGAAAUGAAAAAAAAACGACAUCAAGCCGAAUAUUGCGUUAAACAUAUAUUUUGCUACAUGCUACGACAACGCCAUCUCUGUUUCCCCAUGUGUGUAGAGUAUGUUCAAUAUUGACAAAUCAUUCAAGCGGGUCAAUUUUGUACCGCAGAAAUAGCUGUCAUCGUGAAAAUAUGUCAACAAUAUUAUUCAUUGAAAGAAUAACUCAACGCUUUAUACCAUUUCUCCACUCGUAUCUAAUUAACAUUCAAAGCUUCAGCCCAAUGAAAGCUGUUCACAAAUGUAGAAUAAAUGCGAGUGGAUCAGGUCAUAUAAAAAUGGUACAAAAACUGUUAUAAUUUCAUAGUCAUUCUUUUUGAAAU